AUGGCGAAAGUUUUGGCCACUCUUUUCGGCAUCUCUUUGUGUCAGAUCACAGCACUUGCGUCUGCGGCAUCCCAAUUCAACGGGUCGGUAUAUCAAGAUGCAUCACGGUCUCCAAAAGAGAGAGCCGACGACCUCCUCAAGUUGAUGACUUGGGAGGAGAAGGUUGGCCAGUUGGGCGGCAUCCGUCGGCUUGCUGAAAGGGUCAACGGUGCACUGUCUCACAACGAGACCUCUUUUGAAGAGAUUCGAAAGUCACAGAAUGGUCAAAUUGGUUUCGGUGCCCCUACGAAUUACGCCUAUGAGCUGCUACCAAUCGCUAAUAAGGUACGGGCCGAGCAAAUCAACAACACACGUCUCGGCAUUCCUUAUAUCACAAUCGCCGAUUCCGUCAAUGGCUUGAUGAUUUCAGGCGCCACCAUCUUCCCAGGGGCCAUCUCCAUGGGCACAACGUGGAAUAUUCCACUCUACGAGCAAGCUAUCGCUGCGAUUCGUGACGAGAACAUGGCGGUAGGGACUCACUGGGUACUUUCGCCCGAGGUUGACUUGGCUAAGGACCCGAGAAAUGGUCGGAAUGGCGAGAUGUUCGGAGAAGACACAUACCUCGUUGGCGAGUUUGCUUCUCACUACAUCAACACCAUGCAAGAGAAAGACGAAAACGGCUUUGUCAAGGUGGCCACUACGAUCAAGCACUGGGUCUAUGGCUCGAGCAGUGGUGGCGUCAACACAGCUAGCAUGCAGGGCGGACUGAACCACAUUCUCAACGACAUCGGGGCCCCAUACGUCAAGGCUAUUAGAGAGGCCAGCCCCCUAUCUCUCAUGGUCUCAUAUGCAAGCAUGGAUCAGAUACCCAUGUCCAGGAAUAAGUAUCUCAACAAGGACAUUUUGAGGGACUUGCUGGGCUUCAAGGGACUGAUUAUGUCCGAUGCCGGCUCGAUUAGAAACAUGUACACCCAGUCGAAGGUGGCCAAGUCGUAUGCCGAUGCUGGCUUGAAAGCCCUUCGCGGUGGGUUGGAGCAUGAGCUAUCUCCGCGACCACCAUCCGCCUUCCCAACACUCAUCGAUUCGAUAAAUAACACGGAGAUCGCGGGGCUCGUCGACGAGGCAGUGCACGCAAUUCUGCAGAUCAAGUUCGCAACUGGAACUUUCGAUCUUCCUCUACCCUCCAUCGAAAACAUGAACGCUACCCUUCGGAACGAAAGACACCUCGAAAUCAACCGGAACAUUUCCCGAGAAGCUAUCGUUCUGCUCCAAAACGACGGCACCUUGCCCUUGACAAAAAGCAAUGUUCCCCGCGUCGCACUUCUAGGGCCUUAUGCGGACAUCCUGAACACCGGCCAGUACGCCGCCAACAACGCAUCGGAUUCAUCUUACGGUGACACAUUUCGAACAAGCCUUGAGCGGGAGCUUGGGGCCGAAAAUGUCAAGUAUGUGGCUGGCGUCGACAUUCUCAGCACGAAUGAUAGCUCUGGCAUUGAUGCAGCCGUCGCCACCGCGAAGGAGAUCGGACUCGCCGUGGUUGUUCUCGGGUCUGGCUGGGGAUCGUUCGAUACAUCGUAUGAGUCGUUGCAUCGAACCGACGGCGAAGGUUUUAGUCACCCUGAUCUAGGGUUUCCGGGUCUGCAGCAAGAUCUCUUGGAUGCCGUCCUUGAUGCGGGUGUGCCAACAGUAUUGGUCCUCAGUGGUGGACAGACAUUCCUGUUGAACGAGUCAACUAAGAGAUCCAAGGCGAUUUUUCACACCUGGCUCGCUGGAGAAUACACGGCUGAUGCUUUGGUUGAGAUUCUCUUCGGAGAUGUCAACCCCAGUGGGAAGCUGACAAUUACAUUUCCCGAAGCAGAGGGCGCGUUUCCAGUUGCCUAUGAUUACUUCCCGUCGGACGAUGAAGGAGGCUUCGGUACUGCGACACAAUACGACUGGCAUCUCCCGGAAUUAACACGCUAUGCUCCCAUUAGAUUUGGCUUCGGACUGAGCUAUACGACUUUCAACAUCUCGUCGCCAUCUCUGACAUGCCAAUCUACCAGCAACACCAGCGUUUCCGCUGUGUGUGACCAAAAUAGCCAGGUGACCGUCACAGUGAAUGUGACCAAUACUGGCAGUUUUUUUGGUCAAGAGGUUGUUCAACUCUACUACCGUCCGGAAUAUACCCAGAUUGAGUUUCCAGUUAUGAAACUCAUUCGCUUUCAUAAGGUUGGAAUUGAAGCAGGCGAGUCGGAAGAAGUCACACUGUCUGUCCCGUACAACGAACUCGGCUAUUUCGUCGGUGGAGAGUGGGAGGUUGAGACAGGACUUUACAAUUUCUGGGUGGGGAGCAGCUCAAGGAUUGAGGAUCUGCAAAGCCUGAACGCAACUCUGGUGUAA